GAAAUUGAAGUCAACUCUCCUAUCGGCCACACCGAAUCGCGGGCUGUUGAGUUUCAGUCCGUGACCUCGAGCUGUGGCGCCACAGGGUACACCUACACUAGUCCGUUGCCAUAUGCCAUCAGCUCAACAGUGGCCCCUCCGGACUUGUCCGCAUCCCCGACCAUAGGGGCUCAGAGUUGGUCAGCCCAACGCAUGUCAGCAGAUUGCGCCACCACGUACCACGUCCAAGACGGCGAUACCUGCGACAGCAUUUCUAUUGCUCAGAGCGUCUCGAGUAGGGAUCUGGUAGAGGCGAAUGAACAUCUUGACAAUUGGUGCGGUGGUCUCGGCGCAGGACAAGAAAUGUGUCUGCCUGCGCAGUGUAAACUGCACCUACUGACGACCGAGGAUUCGUGCGAAUCCUUGUUAAGGCAAUAUGGAGUCUCGCCCAAGGACCUUUCGGAGUGGAACCCAAAACUCUACAUCCAAUGUGACGGGUUCAGUCAGAUCAAUACAGGUUAUAUUUGCGUCGGGCCUCCAAUCAUCCCUAAAAAGUCACCGGAAACCUCACCAGCACCUGGGAAAAGCAAUUCCACCAUUAACAUCAGUGCUUCCUCACCGGCGGCGACGAGCACUACGGUCCAUCAGACAGCAGUGCUACCAUUGAAGGAAUCUUCAACAACUCAGGCUUCAAUGGAUGAAAAUGUGUCCAGUGGAGGGCCAAUUGGGGAGACCACCGGGGUGUUCUUCAGCAUCGAAUCAUCAAUUCCCUCUCGUUCAGAGACAAGCAAAGCCCAAGAUCCUACCUCAUCUGUACAGGUUUAG